CGAUGCGCGCAUGCCGGUUGCCGUGUUGCUGCGUCCGCGUCCAGUCGUCCGCCGCGCGCGCACCCAUCUACAUAGCUGUCGCUCCGCACUCGCUCCUGAUCCGUCUCGUUGAGCACGCGCGUUACCCCCCGAACUACAGCACGUGCACCGACUUACUCUAUCUCUUUCACGGGUAGCCCUCGACCCGGCCUUCCACGAACCCCGAUAAUGGGCCGAUAAAGGCUAAUUACUCGCGUAGUUGCCACUUAGGAAUCGAGUGACGGGUGACGGUUCGCGAGUGCAGUGUCAGGGCUGUGAUGGCUGAGAAUCACGCACUUAUACCAGAAGCCACCUCGAUGUAUACCCAAACGAACAUGAAGGAGUCUCAGGACAUUUCAAAGACUUUGAUGAGCGGUGAUUUUGAGAGGCAGUUUAGAGGUGCGAUGGUGGAGAAGACGGACAGGCGAUGGCAGACGUGGCUGAUCACGCUGGCCGUGGUGGUGGGCGCGCUGCUGGCCUGGCUGCUGGUGUUCACCAUAGUGCGCGAGGUGCAGAUCAGGCAGCUGCGCCAUGAGGUCGACGAGCUCACCGCCAACAUGAUUGCUGUCUCUGCCAACGUUAAGUCCCUCAGCCAGAAGAUUGAGAAGAACAAACUGUUUAACGAGUUCAAGGAAUUGCAGGACACGAUCUACGCAGACGAAGAUAUAAGCAGCAUAGUAGACGGCAAAGAAGACCCGAAGGACCGCACUUACGACUCUCUGGAGAAACUCCACGGUCUCACGGUGCUAGAGGAUGAGAAUCUAGGAGACGAUGAGGAUCUACUGGAUACGGGUGAAGACGCGGAGAGCGGGGACUGGUACCCUGACUAUGAUAAGAGAGCGCAACAUAUCGGCACAACGAACAUGGUGCACCUUCGUCCUGAGGACUUUGUGGACAGUGACAUGAGCUUCGGAGACAAGUCUGUGCUGUCCAACAUCAGGGAGAUCCGGCGGAGGCUCAACGAGAACCCUGAGGACCCUGACUUGCCUGAGCUGGCACCGGUCCCAACACCAGUCCAUCCAACGAAGCCUACAGAUGAGGAGUUAUCUCGAGACAAGCGCAGUGUGAUCUCCGACUCCUCAGCAGACUCCAUCGAUGAGUACGCAGCACCCAGGGUCAUGGCUAAGACUGACGACAGACGUAAGAGUAAGAAGUUCGCGCCCAACUUGGACUACGUGCCCGCGGCUAAGAUGGCGAUGCAUACCGUUACUAGAACUGUCAGGAACAGUGAUUAUGAGGAGGGUGCUCGCAGGCCGUUUGUUGCCGCGCACUUCCAUGGUAACACGUCUCACCUGAGUCCAGAGAUACACGAGCAUUACAAAGGUAACGGCCUAGUCCGCGUGUCCCACGGCGCAGCACAUGACGUAUGGUACCCAGCACCGUGGACAGUGGCGUCCCCACACCCUCGUCCCACGCUCACCCGCAACGGACACGUGCGGGUGCACCAUACUGGCGUCUAUCUUGUUUAUGUGCAGAUCUACUACCUGGACAGCCACGACACCAUUUCCUGGGUGCUCCACCGCACGAACCCCGAGAUCGAGGGUCGGGAGACACUCCUGCAAUGCACCCAAUCCACCCACUCAACAGACCACAUCGACAAGCCGAACUCCUGCUUCUCAGCUGCAGCACUGUUCCUCAAAGCCAAUGACAUGCUAGCAGUGAGGAACACGGGAGGAGACAGGCACUCCUUGAUGCAGCCAGAGAAGAGCUUCAUCGGCCUCAUCAAGCUGGCUGAUGCUGAGGACCCGGUACAAGAGUUGUAGAACCUGACUAUGUGUCUCCAAGUUCAAGUCUUAGGUUAAUGACAGUUUUGAAAAUGGAAGGUCUUUGGACUGGUAGAAAUUUUCUCCAGCUGGUGAAUAAGGACUUCUAUACAUAUAAUAAAUCU